AUGGAGCGAGGCUAUCAGCUUCGGAAUCCCCUCGACUCUCUCGUCCAGGCGGAGGUUACGGAGUGGGGUCAAUACGUCGCCGCGAGGACUGCGAAUGGGACAAGGCCGAUGCUAAAGAGGAGUCGGAAGAAGCCUGCAAUUGUUGACGAUAAGAUGACUAGCGAAGACUGGGCAGUGAUUGCAGAAUACCUGGCCAUCCUGAAGCCGCUGAAGAUAGCGACGAAGCGGCUGGAAGGCAGACCUGAAGAGGGCAAACAUGGGGCGGUCUGGGAAGUCCUGCUGACAAUGGAAUGGCUUCUGAGGCACCUGGAGGAGUCUAAGAUGCAGCAUGAACACGAUGAAGAGCCUUACUUGCGAGUGGGUUGCAACCUCGGCUGGAUGAAGCUGGAUAAGUACUAUGCACUUACUGAUGACAGCCCCGUUUACCUUGCGGCCCUUGUUCUUCAUCCUGCUUUUCGUUGGCCCGCCAUCGAAUCUCAAUGGGCUGAUCAUCCAGAAUGGUUGGAUAGAGGUAAAGAAGCUGUUCGAGAACUUUGGGAAGAAUAUAGAGGACUACCCUUCGAGAAGGAUGCGAUCUUGGAAGCUCCCACCGCCGCGAGAAAAACAACCGACUUGGAUGAAUUUAUGGCAUCUGUCAGGAAGGCCAGCACUCAGCGUGCGUCAUCAGCACCAUCUACACGAGAUGAGUAUGCCGAGUGGUUGUCUACGCCGGAACCCGGUGACGGCCUGGUCGAUAACCCGGUUCAAUACUGGCUUCUCCGGCGACGACAAUAUCCGAACCUAUCGCGAAUGGCGAUUGACCUCUUUUCGAUUCCUGCGAUGUCUUCUGAGCCAGAACGGAUAUUUAGUCUUGCAGGGCAGAUGAUCACGCCUUCAAGAAGACGGCUGCAAGCAGAUAUUGUAGGAGCGGCCCGAUGCAUCUCAUCGUGUGAGAAAAGUGGGGCUAUCCAAAUUAUCCAAAUAAAUUCAAAUCUGCCCAGGUGA